CUUACACUACCUACAGAGGUAAUGACAGGCAAAUGCCCUUUGGCCGAUUUGCUAUUUGUAAUUGAGCAACAUCGUAAACCUGAUCUACAACUCAUCAUCAAGGGUUGUGAAGAGUUUCUUGAUUACUUUCGUGUCACUCAUUAUGUUAGUGCAAUUGAGUUAGGGGCAGCAGAAUACCGAGUCCUAACUGAAGAUGAGUACCAAAUGUCUAUUAGUGCUGGUGGCUCGUUUGGCAUUGAGAAAUUGGCAAGCUUGGUUACUCAGCAAAGUUUCUCAAGCCAAAAGAAGAGCAAGGCAUCUGAAUUAAAGAAGAUUGGUAUAUUUACAAGCGAUGACAAGGUUGAGCGUGGAUCUUACGGUGAAGCUGUUGUCAAUGUCGCCAUCAAAUCAAUCCUCACUUUGGUGAAGACCGACUUCCUACACGAAGCAAUGUCAACAGCACUUUUAAAGUUCAUUGACUCACAGAGUGAUAAAAGCAAUGGUCCGUACCUCAUAAGUUGUGGUCUUGCUUCAGGUCUCUUUCUUGCUGUUGAUCCAGAAACUCAUGCUGUUAAAGCUACCACUGAAGUAACUCAAGCCACACACUUCCAGGUCAUCCCCAGUGAUGAUAAAUACAAUGAGUUCUAUAUUGCAUACCACGAGGAGAAAGGAAGAGUUCUUCGAAGACGUCGAUACUCAGUUUUAGCUGGUGACGACCCUGGAUCAACUGUUGCUAUGUAUUUGGAUGCUCCUGUUAGUGUGAGGGGACGAAACAAUGGUCCACUUUACAUGUCAGACACAGUCAGUGAUGAAUCCAGUAGAUUUGUACUACACAGUCGUAUAAUACAUAAUAAAGUAUCACCAGUGUCAAUCAGCACUUGGACCAAUGGGACUGAGAUGUUCUACCUCAACUGCUCUCGAAGGAAGUUCAGAAUAGAUGGCUACCUUGCCGUUAAACGUGUAAGAGAAAGAGGAACUAAUGAAGACACUUACAUAACAGCAUGUGUGAGCAGUAGAAAAUAUCAUGACAGCUCAAAUGUACACAUGCUUUUUCAAUUGAUACCAACCUACCUAGUUGAAGAUGAGCCGGGCAGUGAAAAUUAUGACGAUGAGAAUGAAGAAGAACUGCCAAAAGAAACUGAACAAUUUCAAAUCAAAGAAAGUGACACUUCUUAAUUUUUGUUUUGAUAAUGAAGCAUUAUUUUCUAUUGAUGUCUUGUGUUGUGUUUUUU